ACAACAGGUGGGCUGGUAGAGAGGACACUGGGCUUGAUCUACUUGUGCGAGACAACAGGUGGGCUGGUAGAGAGGACACGGGGCUUGAUCUACCUGUGCGAGACAACAGGUGGGCUGGUAGAGAGGACACUGGGCUUGAUCUACCUGUGCGAGACAACAGGUGGGCUGGUAGAGAGGACACUGGGCGUGGUCUACCUGUGCGAGACAACAGGUGGGCUGGUAGAGAGGACACUGGGCUUGAUCUACCUGUGCGAGACAACAGGUGGGCUUGGUAGAGAGGACACUGGACUUGAUCUACCUGUGCGAGACAACAGGUGGGCUUGGUAG